AUGGUACCAUUAAUCAUUUGGCAAGUAAUACUUGGCAUAUCGUUUUUUCCGGAUGAAUUUAUUACUCAAUUCUUGGAUGACUUUUAUGGACAUAAUGGUGCAGCUGGCGAUCAGGCAUUCAAUGAACCACCGCCAAAUCUCAUCGAUAGCAUUCAUUCACAUGGUGAUGUGCCAAGAACGCCUCCUAACGUUGUGAUAGCGGAAGAACAAAUAUCAUUCGAUUUCUUAUUCUAA